UUUGUUUAUCUGGAAAACUCCGGACUUUAGUCUGAAAACUUACUUCGUUAUUCAGAGUUCUUUUGGAAAAUAUGGCCCAACCGUACGUGAUUCGUGUGAUGGAAGAAUUGGGUUGGGGCUCCAGCGAUCGCAGCUUCAUUCCGAUAGCAAACGAUGAGAAUAAAAAGCUGUUGGAACUAGUGAACCGAUUGGGUGAUAAGAAAACAGCUUGUACUGAACGCAUCCAGGAUAGCGGCAGACGGCUGGCUAAUCUGCAGCAGCACUGGAAAAGUGCCCAGGUCGAGUUCGAUCAGAACCAGAAACUACUGACAGCGGACAAGAGUCAGAUCGAUGCCGAACAUGGCAUGCUCAAGCUGUCGGAAAACGAAAGCGGCAGGCUGCGGAAAAUGGCCAAAGAGGCACAGUACACCCAGGCGGAGCUGGAGCAGCAUGACCAACGAUCGCAGAAGGAAAUGAAGAAACUCACCGCCAACAUGGAGCGACUUACGGAACGCAUCAAAUGGGCUAAGGCAGCGCUGGUGGAGUGGCAGCAGGUGAUGGGCAACGGUGAGGAAACGAACAAGCUGAUCGCAAAAUAUUGCCGCCUGGACGCAGGUCGUGCGGAAAGCCUUGAAGCUCGACGGAAAAUCCUAGAGGACAAAGUAUCCCGUAGACGUACUACGCUGGUUAACCUAACCGAGGAAUAUCGCUCACUGGAGCAGGUACUGGAGCGCACGGCCCAGUUAUACCGACAGGCUCACCAGGAACGCCGCCAUCUGGUACUGACGUGGAAGGAGGCUGUCAAGCACAUGAACCAACGAGAGGAGGACAUCAAAGUAGUGGAAGCGGAAAUUGAACGGGCGCGCGAGUUGAGUGAUCUGUUGAAUCAAGAUCUGCAGGCGCAAGCGGAGUUUUUGGAAGAACAACAACGAAACAACAAGGAGAUUGAACUGAACAUCGCGGAGUUGAACGUUGAAGUGUCGAAGCUUCGCAAUCGUUCAAAUGCUUUGACCGACAGUGUACAGUUGAAGACAAAUGAGUACCAAGUGACGCGGAAGACUGUGCAAAACGUAUCGAACAAACUGACUGGAAUGCGCAAUAGGAACCGGCAGGCGUUGAUAGAGGAAGCGGAAAAGGAGAAGCAGAUUCAAACGAAUUUAGAUCAAGUGGAAGAGCUACGAGACAAGUAUGAAAAUUUCAAAAGUAAAACACUGUGUGCGCAGGAAAGGUUGAGACAACUGAACGAGAUUGUAGAACAGGAAGAGAAGCAGAUGAAAAUGUUGAGUGACGAAACGGCCCGACUGUCGAGUGCGCUCUAUCGAGCUCAGACCCAGUUGGUGGCAAUGAAAGACGAAGAUAAGCUGAUAAAAAUCGAAAUAGUUUCACUGGAAUCGGGCAUAGUAAAAAUCAAGGCGGCAAUGAAGUUACAGGAGCGUGAGAUUAUUCGUCAAACCGAAAUUUCCUACAGUGUGGAUUUUAAAAUGGAGAAGAUAGAGGAGAGAAUUGCUAAUAUGAAGGGGGAAAACAAGCAGGAAGGAGCGAAUAUAGCGCACGCCAAAUUGAUGCAAGCCGAAGCGGUCUAUCUAAGCAGGAAGCAAAAUUAUUCGCUUCUGCAGGCGCAAAUUGCCAAGGUCCAGAUUGAUUUUCGGCACCUCAACACAGUUUUCCAGCAGGAUAGCACGGACAUUGAACGAAUGACUGGUAAGCUAAAGGAGAAACUGUUGAUUGUGGAGGGAGGCGAGAAAAAAUUACGCCAGGUUACCACAGAAAACCAGGAGAGGUUAGUGGAGAAGAGCUUGCUGAAGAUGAGAAUUCAUCAGAUGGAGUCACGUGUAGACAAGCAGAACAACAAAAUGUACACACUGGAGCGCCAUCGAAUGGAGCUGGAAACCGCGAUUAAUGAGCGGUUGAUUGACAUUCGCUCGCAGAAGGACAUGCUACUGUUGAAGAAAAAAUAUCUGCAGGAAGAACGGGCUCAGUUGAAGGCAGAUAUUUCGGAGAGAGCUCUGAAAAUCGAGCAGUUGAAAAACCGUUACGAGCUUUCACUGGAUUUAUUGGGUAAAAACGACGAUGGAACUACGGUGACGGCCACUCAGAUUAAAAUUCAAACUGCUCAGGAAAAAUAUAUGCUUCUGAGAGAGGGCAGUGAGUUGAACGUGAAAAUUCUCAAGUCCGAGGAGGAUCUUAAAGCACUGGAGAACACAUUGAAGUUGAUGAACUUCACGAAUGAAACCUACAAGCGUGGUUUCCAGACGGUUGAUGAGGAUAACCCGGAUAUUCAGCAGAUGCAGCAGAUACAGAGUGACUACUGUAGAGCUUUGAGCGCAUUACGGAGCGUCCGAACUGAUUUGGCAUUGAAUACUGAAAAUUUACAUAAUUUAAACGAGGAAAGAGAGGAGAAUGAUAAAGCAUUGGAAGCGACACAAAAAACCCGCCUCGAUAACAACGAUAUAUUGCUUAAGAUUCAAAAAGAGCUGCUCGAUCAAAAGACAAAAAUUCAGCGUGCAGAGCGCGAACUUCGAUUGGCGGUGAAAGCGGCGAAAGCGAAAACUAACGACGAGGAUCUGCUGGUCACUUUCCAGAAAGAUUUGAAUCUUAAGGAACUGGAGGAACGGAACGACAUGGUAUUGCAUCAAAUAGCCGACCUAAUCGAGCAGAUUCCGGAGAUGAAUCCUACAGUGAAUAAGUACUUCUAUGAUAAGGCGUUACGACUGCCGAUGGUGCGACUUGCCAAAAGUCAGAUUUCGUGGCGCAGCGAUAACUCUCCGGGGUCGGAGUACAGUGUUCAUGGCGAUACGCCUUCUUCGAAACCUAUGUCAAAGAUAUCUGCCUGUUCUGCUUCGAGUCGAUCGUCGGACUCAUCGGAGAAUAUUGCCAAAUCGUUCGACAACAGGAUGAGCGCCGGACUUUCGGUAAUUCUGAUCGACUUUCCCGGAGCAAGCGUUAAGAAAUCGCAAAGCCCAACGAAAAAAUAGGCCUAUCAUUGUGGAGAGUUCUUUUUUGUUCUUGUACGGAGGCAAAAUCUUUCGCAAGAUAUUCAUCGAUCGACGAUCAUCAUCAAGUUUAUUUUUCUGGCGUUUAUAUAAUACGGUUGGCUUAAUCCAUUUUUUCUGGUAUUAGUAAAAUCUAGUAUUAUCAAUCCUAGAUGUUUGAUAAUGCUUAGCGUAAGAAAAAAAAACAAACAAACGAAAAAUGUUCAACAUUUACAUGCAUUAGUUCGUGUGGUUUGUUGUCUGGGUUUAAAUGUGUGUUGUGACUAUAAUCGAUUCCACCGUUUUGUGUCCAUUUUGACAGUAUAUAUAUAUCAAGCUAAAUAUCGCACUAGGUUUCACGUAUUAAUAGUUGGUAGAACGGGUAAAUAUGACCCUCUAACUUCGGUUCUACCCUAUACAAAUAUUCGAAGGAUUGCGCGCAAAUCUUCAACCGUGGUUCGCAAAAAAAACGGCUGAAAUAAAUCACGUUCAGGCUGCCUAAUUGUAUCACUUAAUUUGUGUUUGUGUUUAUGUUUCUCUUAUUUGUUAUUGAAUUGUAAAUUCACACUUCGCCCUGCUAGUACAUAACGACUAAUUUAUGUAUGUAUAUAGAUUUCCUUAAAUGCAAACGGUUCUUCUU